AUGGAUGAAGAAAGCAGAAUAUCAUCAUCACAUCACCCUUCAACGUCGUAUACUGGUGUGUCAGAGUCGGAUUCUGAGAUACAGAAAACGUCGGACGGUCUGAAACUGCGCGGACAGUCCCAGCAACAAGAGCAACCGUGUACUUCAAAAUCCCAAAAUGUAAAAAUGGAAACUCGUGAUUUUGGAUACUCUGAUGCUCUUCCAUUCGCUCCAUGGCGGAGGAAACGAUAUGGUCUAACAGUGCAAGGGUUACAUGAAGAGAUCGUGGAUCUCUAUCACUGGAUUAAACCAAACGAAAUUGAAGUUAGACUUCGAACAAAGGUUUAUGAGAAGGUUCGCGACUCAGUUUCACAGCGCUGGCAACACAAACCGAUAAAGAUUUCAAUGUUUGGAAGUCUUCGAACGAACCUCUUUCUUCCUACUUCCGACAUUGAUGUUCUCGUCGAGUGUGACGAUUGGGUUGGAACGCCUGGAGAUUGGCUCGGCGAAACUGCACGGGGUUUGGAGAAUGACAAUAUUGCUGAGUCGGUGACAGUUUUUGGAGGAGCGUUUGUUCCUAUCGUCAAGAUGGUCGAUCGGGACACCAGAUUGAGCAUCGACAUUUCGUUCAACACUGUUCAAGGAGUUCGAGCAGCUUCGUAUAUUGCAAAGGUAGUCAAGGAAGAAUUUCCACUCAUCGAGCCGUUAGUACUUCUCCUAAAGCAGUUCCUCCAUUAUCGUAACCUCAAUCAAACGUUCACUGGAGGUCUUUCUUCAUACGGUUUGGUCCUCUUGCUUGUGAACUUUUUCCAGCUCUACGCUCUCAACAUGCGACAUCGGACAAUCUACGACAGCGGAGUCAAUCUCGGACACUUGUUACUUCGAUUCCUGGAAGUUUAUUCAAUGGAGUUUAACUACGAGGAAAUUGGGAUUUCUCCAGGCCAGUGUUGUUACAUUUCAAAGUCUGCAGCUGGGGCUCGAUAUGGUCACAAACGUGCUCAGCCAGGCAACCUUGCUUUAGAAGACCCACUUCUUACUGCAAACGACGUCGGACGUUCAACAUACAAUUUCUCAUCGAUUGCCAACGCAUUUGGUCAAGCGUUUCAAAUUCUUGCAGUGGCUGUCACAUUGAGAGAAAGAAAAGGGAGAAACCAACUAUCAAGAGUCUACAAAGGGUCUUUACUUCAUAUGAUCAUGCCGUUUACCUCCAAGGAGCUUACCUACAGAAACUGGUUGAUGAGUGGAGUUAUGUCGUUUCCUUCACAGGAUACUUCGGUCACAUACAACUUGAACCAAUUGCACAAUACUCUUGUCUCCCCAAUGAUUGAUUUGUCACGAUAUGCCUGGCUUCGUAAGACUACUGCCGGGGCAGAGAAACGAGAUUCCAGACCACUCAAAAUCACCAAUCCAGCCGAUGAUGUCAGGAAUCAAGUUCUCCUGCAGUUACGAAUGAAAGAAGCAGAAGAGUCGAAAGAAAAAGAAGAAUCUGUUUCAAAUAAAAAAGAAGAACAAAUCACCGCUACCACAGAAACAGAGACAGAAGAAGACGAAGCUACAUCUAUAAGUUCGCAUGAACGACAAGAGAAAAGUGUAAGCGGACGGAUUCUCACCGGUCCGCCUCUUCCGACAUCUACUGCCUCCGUAAAUACUUCUGCUACCGUAUCCACUGCGGCAAGCAUUUCUGAACGCGAAGACACUGAUUCACCCGAACUCUCUUCAUCCUUGGGGAACCAUUCGUCUGAAGAAGACGAUGAUGAUCCAGUAAUGAACGACGCUCGAAAGAAGUCGACUGGAGGCGUCCCUGUUCAGUUCAAAAAGCAAUUCAGUGACGUUGUCAAGACGCCGAAAGAGUUUUCUAGGAAAACACAAACGAAUUUUGAUGACAACAAAACAACAACAGGAUCCGUGGGUCAGUCAUUCAUGAACAACCAUCUCUACUAUCCCGAACCACAACCAACCGCCAGUCGCCGUAACGGAUUUCUUGAUUACGCCGCGGUUGCGGCUGCUUCAUGUGGCUCUCAUAAACACCGACAAACGUAUGCACAGCGAAAUCGUCAGAGUAGAAAUCAUUCACAAGGCUCCGAUGCUUCGGACGGAUAUGACUUGGAUAGAAAGGGCUUGAACAACAAUAACAGUUCUCGGGCUAGAAGGAAUAUGCGCGUUCCGUCCAAUUCAUCGAACCGAUCAAGACACUCGUCUGACUCACGAAGUCGUGGACGUCCGAAUCAAAUGUACUUUCCUAUGCCACCGCCUAUUGAUUUCCAGUCUCGCAGAUCACAAUUUGUGGAGGCAAAUCUAACCGAAGAAAAUGGACAUGGCUCUUCGUUGCCAUUAAUAACAGAUGAACCUCGAUCUCCUCGGAUGUAUGCUGACGCUGUCAAAAAGAAGUCAUCACUUCCUGGUGCACCAAUCACUUCUGUUGACCUGAACUUGGUCAACGGGAACACCACAAGAAACGGUGUAGCAUCUCAAGCUUCAACAUCAAUGAUGGCACCUGUUUCCAAGACUGAACGAUCCUAUCGAAAUGCUGUUGCUAUCCCAAGUGCUUCGCAAGCAGUCGUAAUUUCUCAACCAAAACCCAGUCAUCCUACAAUGCGCAAAGACAAUGAUUGCGGACUCGACACUCAAUCGUUGAACAGCAGUUCAUCUGACCUGAGUCGCCAACCACAGUUAGUGCCCAUAGGAAGUCGACUGACUAGAUAA